CGGCGGGGGGCGAACAUGGCCGAGAAGCAGCGGCACGACGGGCGCGUCAAGAUCGGCCACUACGUGCUGGGCGACACGCUGGGCGUCGGCACCUUCGGCAAAGUCAAGAUUGGAGAACACCAGCUGACGGGCCACAAAGUAGCUGUAAAAAUCCUCAACCGGCAGAAAAUACGGAGCCUGGACGUGGUUGGGAAAAUCAAACGCGAAAUUCAGAACCUGAAACUCUUCCGGCACCCCCAUAUUAUCAAGCUGUACCAAGUCAUCAGCACGCCCACCGACUUCUUCAUGGUGAUGGAGUACGUGUCUGGCGGGGAGUUAUUUGACUACAUCUGCAAGCACGGCCGGGUCGAGGAGGCAGAGGCGAGGCGCCUCUUCCAGCAGAUCCUCUCCGCCGUGGAUUACUGCCACAGGCACAUGGUGGUGCACAGAGACCUGAAGCCRGAGAACGUGCUGCUGGAUGCGCACAUGAAUGCAAAGAUAGCUGAUUUCGGCUUGUCCAACAUGAUGUCAGAUGGUGAAUUUCUACGCACCAGUUGUGGCUCUCCAAAUUAUGCAGCCCCCGAAGUCAUUUCUGGAAGGUUGUACGCGGGGCCGGAGGUGGACAUCUGGAGCUGCGGCGUUAUCCUCUACGCGCUGCUCUGCGGCACGCUGCCCUUCGACGACGAGCACGUGCCCACCCUCUUCAAGAAGAUCCGGGGCGGCGUCUUCUACAUCCCCGAAUACCUCAACCGCUCCGUCGCCACGCUGCUCAUGCACAUGCUGCAGGUGGACCCGCUCAAACGAGCUACCAUCAAGGACAUCAGGGAGCACGAGUGGUUUAAAGAAGAGCUGCCCAGUUACCUCUUCCCGGAGGACCCUUCCUACGACGCCACCGUCAUCGACGACGACGCGGUCCGGGAGGUCUGCGAGAAGUUUGAGUGCACCGAGUCGGAGGUGAUGAACAGCCUGUACAGCGGCGACCCGCAGGACCAGCUGGCCGUCGCCUACCACCUCAUCAUCGACAACCGGCGGAUCAUGAACCAGGCCAGCGAGUUCUACCUGGCCUCCAGCCCUCCCACGGGCUCCUUCAUGGACGACAGCGCCCUGCACAUCCCGCCGGGCGUGAAGCCGCAUCCYGAGCGCAUGCCGCCCCUCGUCGCGGACAGCCCCAAGGCCCGCUGCCCCUUGGAUGCCCUCAAUACUACCAAGCCAAAGCCGUUGACUGUCAAAAAGGCCAAGUGGCACCUGGGGAUCCGCAGCCAGAGCAAACCCUACGACAUUAUGGCUGAAGUGUACCGCGCCAUGAAGCAGCUGGAUUUUGAGUGGAAGGUGGUGAACUCCUACCACCUUCGGGUGCGCCGGAGGAACCCGGUGACGGGCAACUACGUGAAAAUGAGCUUGCAGCUCUACCAGGUGGACAACCGCAGCUACCUUCUGGACUUCAAGAGCAUYGACGACGACGUGUCGGAGCCGCGGUCGGGCUCGUCCACGCCGCAGCGCUCGUGCUCGGCCGCCGGCCUGCACCGCCCGCGGCUCAGCCUCGACGGCGAGGGCGCCGCGCUGCUCGCGGGCUCGCUGAGCGGCUCCGCGCUGGGCAGCCUGCCCGCCGCGCCGCCCCGCCACGGCAGCCACACCAUGGACUUCUUCGAGAUGUGCGCCAGCCUCAUCAUGGCCCUGGCUCGCUGA